AUGGGUAAAAGAAGCAGACAGAGGCAGAAAAACCAACCAGCGGGCAGAGACCACAGAGACAACGCUGGUUGGGGUGCUGGUUAUGCCGACAUUGUUAAGGAAAAUAAGCUCUUUGAGCAUUACUACACAGAACAAGGAUUGGUUCCAGAGGGUGAGUUUGAACAAUUUAUGGAUGCAAUGAGGGAACCGCUGCCUGCCACCAUACGGAUCACUGGAUAUAAAAGCCAUGCCAAGGAAAUCCUUCAUUGCCUGAAGGAAAAGUACUUCAAGGAUAUUCAAGAGUUGGAGAUCGACGGGCAGAAGAUUGAGGCUCCGCAGCCUCUCAGCUGGUAUCCCGAUGAGCAAGCCUGGCACACAAAUAUGAGUCGUAAGAUAAUUAGAAAGUCUCCCCUGCUGGAGAAGUUCCACCAGUUUCUUGUCAGCGAGACCGAGUCGGGUAACAUUAGCCGCCAGGAAGCUGUCAGUAUGAUACCUCCUCUUCUCCUGAAGAUUGAACCCCAUCACAAGAUUUUAGACAUGUGUGCUGCUCCUGGCUCAAAGACAGCUCAGCUGAUUGAAAUGCUUCAUUCUGACAUGGAAGUGCCAUUUCCAGAGGGCUUUGUCAUCGCCAACGAUGUGGACAACAAACGCUGCUACCUGCUGGUUCACCAAGCAAAACGUCUUAACAGCCCUUGCAUCAUGGUGGUCAACCACGACGCCUCCUGCAUCCCCAUGCUGCAGAUCCAAAAUACUGAUGGAAAGAAGGACAUCCUCUUCUACGAUCGAGUCUUAUGUGAUGUGCCCUGCAGUGGGGACGGUACCAUGAGGAAGAACAUAGAUGUGUGGAAGAAGUGGACAACAAGCAACAGCCUGCACCUUCAUGGUCUCCAGAUGCGUAUUGCCGUGCGUGGUGUUGAACAGCUGGCCGUAGGCGGCAGGAUGGUCUACUCCACCUGUUCCCUCAACCCCAUUGAGGAUGAAGCUGUCAUAGCGGCACUACUGGAAAAAAGCGAAGGAGCAUUGGAGCUGGUGGACUGCUCUUCUGACUUGCCUGGCUUGAAGUGGAUGCCCGGUGUCACUUCCUGGAAGCUGAUGACUAAAGAGGGAAAGUGGUUCGCUGACUGGUCAGAGGUUCCAAGCAGUCGCCACACUCAAAUUAGACCCACCAUGUUCGCGCCAACUGAUGCGGAAAAACUGGCUGGCAUGCACCUGGAGAGAUGUAUGAGGAUUCUGCCACAUCACCAGAAUACGGGAGGUUUCUUUGUGGCUGUGUUAAUGAAGAAAGCCCCAAUGCCUUGGAACAAAAGAUAUCCAAAGCUGAGGAAAGAGGCUUCGUCGGGCUCUGAAGCCCAAACACUAAGCUCUCCGGUGGCUCCGGCACAGCCUUCCGGUCUCCCUGAGGUAGAAGAGAUGGAAGAGGGAGGCGCCGAGGGCAAAGUAGAUGGGGAGGAGGCCCAGGAGGGAGCACCCAAAGGAGCUUCUUCAAGCGACAAACAAGAUGGCGUGUGUGGACCGCCACCUUCCAAAAAGUUGAAGACAUUUGGUUACAAAGAAGAUCCCUUUGUGUUCCUCAGUGAAGAUGACCCUGUCUUCACCACCAUACAAUCCUUCUACAACUUGUCUCCAAACUUCCCCAAGAUGAACGUGUUAACCAGAACCCAUGAGGGCAAGAAGAGACACUUAUACAUGGUGUCCAAAGAGUUGCGAAAUGUCAUGCUCAACAACAGUGAGCGCAUGAAGGUCAUAAAUACAGGGGUGAAAGUGUGGUCACGCAACAGCGACGGAGAGGAGUUCGGUUGUGCUUUUAGACUGGCUCAAGAGGGCAUCUACACUCUGCAGCCGUAUAUUCGCUCCAGGAUCAUCACAGUGAGUGUUGAGGACAUCAAGGUGCUGCUGACUCAGGAAAAUCCCUUCUUCAGCAAAUUAGAGGAUGACGCCCACGCUCAGGCUAAAAAAAUUGACAUGGGCAGCAUUGUUUUGAAGUAUAUGCCAAACCCAGAUAAGCCAGCAGAGCCUCAGUGUUCUAUCCAACUUUGCGGCUGGAGGGGAAAAACGUCCAUACGAGCGUUCGUACCCCGCAACGAGAGGUACCACUACCUACGCAUGCUGGGCGUUGAGGUCUUCCGGGACAAGCAGGGCGCGGGCAGGAAGCCAAAAGAUGAGGAGGCCAAAGGAGAGGGCGAGGGGGAGGCGGCGGUGGAUGACACAGAGCUGGACUUGGAGAAUGGGAGUGAAAAUGGAUCAUCAGAAGCAAAGAUGGAUGGCGGUAUUAAAGGGACUAGUGGUUGA